AUGAAGUUGUCGGCUGAUGAAAGCGCGACAAGACCAUCGAAGAAGUUGGAGCUUCCGACCAUCGAUCUAAAGCUUGAUGGACCGAGUACUUUCCUGAGUUGGUCACGACAGGUCAGAUACACCCUUGCAGGGAGGAACCUGGAGGGUUACUUGACCGGAACUCAUAUGUUGGUGUAUAUCUGGCUUCUCAACUCGUUGGUCCCGACGAUCGCCGCCACGGUGGAUGGCAUUGAGAAGGUGAAGGACGUCUGGGAGAAGUUGAGGAGAACAUAUGAUGGGGUGAGGAAUAACCUGAGGGUGUUCCAGAUUAAAGGAGAGAUCGACGCCACAGUCCAGGAAGAGAGGACUGUACAGGAAUAUGCUACAGAGCUGGAGCGCCUGUGGCUGGACUAUGAUCAUUUUCCCCCCCGGGCUAGCUGCAAGGACCCGGCAUGUAAAGAGCAGGAGGCCUUUCUACAGGAGAGGACUAUGGUGUUUCUCAAGGGAUUAACAUCAGAGUUCGCUCAGUGA